GGGCCCUCCAGUUCUUGAAAUCAGUGCAGUUGAAUGAGAGUGAUUCUCCGGUUUCUUCGAUUCCUUCGUCAUCGCCGUCGUAUUCGGGGGGAUGGUUGAGGCCGGAGAGGGAUUGGGAGGUUCUGGACACUUGCUUGAAUGCGGAUGAUAUGAGGCUCGUUGGGAGCGCUUACAAGUUCUUGCAGGAUCGAGGGUUCUUGGAGAAUUUCGGAAAAUACAGGAAUAUUGUUCUAGAAGGGCGGAGAGAUGUCAGCCCAACAGUUCUAAAGGAAUUAACUGGUCUAGAAGCUUCUAAACUUUCACCAAAGAAAUGGGGUCUUUCUGGAGCCUCUAGAGUCGUGUUGCUCGCAUUCCUCGGUGGUGUAUCUUUUCUGCUCUCACAAGGAAUAGAUAUACGUCCUAACUUAGCAGCAAUAUUAGCGUUAGCAAUGGGAGAUGCAAUUUUUCUAGGUGGUAGCUGCCUUGCUCAGAUCUUAUGCUUCUGGCCUCCAUAUAGACGCAGAGUUCUUGUUCAUGAAGCAGGACAUCUUCUUACUGCAUAUUUAAUGGGCUGCCCUAUUCGUGGUGUGAUCUUGGAUCCCAUUGUGGCUAUGCAGAUGGGCAUCCAAGGCCAGGCGGGCACUCAAUUUUGGGAUGAAAAGUUGGAAAACGAGCUCGCAGAAGGUCGUCUGAGUAGUACUGCUUUCGACAGGUACUGCAUGGUGCUAUUUGCCGGAAUUGCAGCUGAAGCCCUUGUUUAUGGGGAGGCUGAAGGUGGAGAAAAUGAUGAAAACUUGUUCAGGAGUAUAUCUGUUCUCCUAAGACCGCCACUAUCAAUUUCACAGAUGUCAAAUAAGGCACGGUGGUCAGUUAUGCAAUCGUACAAUCUCCUCAAGUAUCACAAGCGCGCGCACAGAGCUGCAGUUAAAGCUUUGGAGAGCGGACACAGCCUUGGCGUUGUCAUCAGAAGGAUAGAAGAAGCCAUGUCCUCCCAUAGCUGACAGCAUAUAUUUCAAGUUAUUUCAAAAGGAUGAAGGGAGUUGGAGCAAUAGCUGCAAUUUGUUUUGGUUCAGGCCUAAUCCAAAUAAGAUGUAAACCCAAGUCAGUAAAAUUGACAGUGAUCGAAUUGGGUUUAUCAGGUCGUCCGAUAUCUUAUGCGGUUACUGUGAUAAUUGUGCAGGAAUUUGACAACAUGUUGACGUUCUUUUUCGAUUCAUGCCAAUGAAUAAGGCAUCAACUCUGCUUGGUAUAAGAGUUUUCAGGUUCGAACGGAACAUGAAAGCAGUGGCCUUUGGUUCUGCCAAGGAAAAUAUUUUUUCUUGAGUCGUAGUGUAGACAAGAGUGAGAAAAAUGACUGUAUAUAGAAUGAUGUACAGGGUUCACAAGUCAAAGUUGAGUAGAAACUCCGAAUAUGGGUUUCAUGUUGCUGUAUAUACUUUCACAAUUCAAGUACUUAUGUAUUCGCUUUGUAUAUGCUUAAUAGAAUCAUCUGAUAAGACUUUGCUAUUCUUUUUUCA